CCAGACUCCCCGACUUCUCCUGAUAUAAGCCCGGGAGGAGGGUGGAGAGUACAGUUAGAAGCAGACUCCGGGGUUAAGGGAAAACAUCACAGGGAAUCUGAUCCUGGCCGUGGGAAGGGAAAUGGGGUAUUUCCCCUAAGAGAACAAGUGGUACCUGGGCCUCUCGAAGAUGACGGUGAGCCAACCUACCGUCGAACCUUUGUGCAUGUUCCUUUCAAUACCUCAGAUUUGUAUAAUUGGAAGAACAAUAACCCCAGCUUGAGAGAGAAUCCUGAAAAGGUACAAAACCAGUUUAAAACGAUUUUCAAAACCCAUAACCCAACUUGGGCAGAUGUUCAGUCUCUUUUAGAUAUCCUGUUGACACCAGAGGAAAGGAGAAUGGUAGUGAACAAAGCUCGUGAGUACGUGGAAAAGGAAAUUACUGCAGGGAACCUGCAAGGAAAUAGAGACAAUCAUGUCCCCAUCCAGGAGCCAGAUUGGAAACCAGACCAAGAUAUGACCUCCAUCCGUGCCUAUCGAGAAUAUAUCCUCUGAGGAUUGAGAGAUGCUGUGAAAAAACCUCAAAAUCUCAGUAAGGUGUAUGAGAUUCGACAGGAGACUAAUGAGACCCCGAGUGCUUUUUUGGAAAGAAUUUACAAUACUUUCAGGCAAUACACUCAUGAGGAUCUGGAGGAUGCAUCGAACGCUCGCAUGGUAAAUAUGAUCUUUAUAGGUCAGAGUGCACCAGACAUUAGAAAGAAAUUGCAGAAGGCAGACGGAGCAACAGGUAUGCCUAUUUCCCAACUAGUAGACAUUGCUUACCAAGUAUUUACUAACCGAGAAAGUGUUCAGGAAAAGAAACAGGACAAGAAAGAGGAGAGAAAGAUGAAAAUGCAGGCAGCCCUAGUGGCAGCUGCAAUCACGAGAAAACCUAGAGAUGAGGGAUCCUGGAGACAGCCGCAGAGACGGGGUCCAUUAGAGAAAGAUCAAUGUGCCUUUUGCAAACGAAAAGGACAUUGGAAGCGGGAAUGCCCUUAUCGAAAAGUUGGGGAAGGUGAAAAGAAAAAAAGAGGAGAGCAGUGGAUUGUUCGCUUUUGGAAGGGAUUCAGAUUGAAGGGGACCGGAGGCCCGGGAGGGAAAGAUAACCCAGAUCCCAGUGUCCCCUGACGAGCCUCUGGUUAAAAUGCAACUAGGGGACAGAGAUGAAUUGGUAGAUUUUCUCGUCGAUACAGGUGCUGCCCAUUCUGUCUUAACUCAAAAACUGAAACCUUUAAGUAAAAAGACUGUGCCAGUGGUAGGGGUUACAGGGAAGGCAGUAACACGACCCUUCCUACAGCCAAUGACCUGUAAUCUUGGGCAGGCCGAAGUUACCCAUCAAUUCUUGUACAUGCCAGACUGCCCCGUUCCCCUUUUAGGGAGAGACCUCCUCUGUAAACUGCAAGCUACGUUGUCGUUCCAGGAUGGGCAAAUGUUUUUAACAGUGCCUCCUGAAAAGGGGUGGCAUUUACAGGCUUGCCUUCUCGGCCUUCUCCGAGAGGAGAGUACACCGGAUAUUCCUCAACCCCUGCUCGAUGCUGUUGUUCCAUGGGUAUGGGCAGGUCACCGACCCAGGAAGGCUAAAAAUGCUGACCCUGUGAAGAUUCAACUUUUGCCAGGGGCCCAGCCUCCAUGUGUGAAACAAUAUCCAAUGCGGAUGGAAGCCAGGAAAGGACUGAAGCCAUUAGUUGAACGGUUCCUGGAGUAUGGCCUUCUCCGUGAAUGUACAUCAGCUUUUAACACACCCAUCUUGCCUGUGAAGAAGCCUAAGAGUAAUGAAUAUCGUUUCGUCCAAGACUGGAGAGCUGUAAAUAAAGUGGUUGUGAGUAUAUACCCGGCUGUGCCUAAUCCGUACACCUUGCUAUCUGCUUUGAACCCAGAUCAUAACUGGUUUACGGUUAUUGAUUUAAAAGAUGCUUUCUUCUGUGUACCGGUAGAGAGGGGAUCUCAGGAAAUAUUUGCAUUUGAAUGGGAAGACCCAGAUACUAGCAUUAAGACUCAGUUGUGCUGGACUGUUUUACCCCAAGGAUUUAAAAACAGCCCAACCCUAUUCGGCAAUGCAUUAAGCAAGGAUUUACGCAGGCUAAAAUUGCCACUGUCCUGUACUCUUUUGCAAUAUGUGGAUGACUUGCUUUUAACAGCCACCACUGAAGCAAGCUGCCUGGAAGGAACAAUUUGCCUCCUUAAUUUUCUGGGUCAACAAGGAUAUCGGGUUUCCAGAAAUAAAAUGCAGCCCAUAUCCCAGAAAGUAACAUACUUAGGAUUUGAAUUACAGCCUGGUCAGAGAGCCCUGUUGCCUGAAAGAAAAGAAGCUAUAUGCCGGCUGGCACCCCCAAUAACAAAGAAACAACUACGAGGAUUUUUAGGUACAGUAGGUUUUUGCAGGAUUUGGAUUCCAAAUUUUGGGGUUAUUGUAAAACCUCUAUAUGAGGCAACACACAGAGAUGAAAAGGUACUCGAAUGGACUGAAGAGUGUGAGCAAGCAUUCUGCCAGUUAAAGCAGGCUCUCAUUGAAGCACCCGCCUUAGGACUACCGGACAUGAGUAAGCCUUUUUCCCUUUUUGUGCAUGACCGAGGUGGGGUAGCCGUGGGAGUCUUAACACAGAAAUUGGGUAGCUGGCAACGACCAGUGACAUAUUUUUCAAAAAAAUUAGACUUUGUGUCAUGUGGAUGGCCUGCUUGUCUCCGGGCUGUUGCUGCUACCUGUCUGCUAAUACAAGAAGCUUAAAAAUUAACCCUAGGCCAUGAAAUGAUUGUAUAUGUUCCUCACGCAGUACUUACAGUCUUGGAACAGAAAGGAGGGAACUGGUUAACUCCGGGACGAAUGGCUCGAUAUCAGGCCAUCCUCCUAGAUAAGCCUGAAAUAAAAUUGGCCAUUUCUCGCAAUGUAAAUCCAGCAACACUGUUGCCAUCUAUGGGUGACACACCAGAUCUUGUGCAUGAUUGUUUGCAAACAUUGGAAACUGUUUAUUCUUCAAGACCAAAUUUGAGAGACAGACCUCUUGAAAAAGCUGACCUGGAGUUCUACACUGAUGGCAGCUCGAGUAUAGAGAAUGGAAUUCGAAAAUCCGGAUACACUAUCGUGACUACACAGAAUGUGAUAGAAGCAGGACCUUUAAACCCAUCUGUUUCAGCUCAAAAGGCUGAACUCAUUGUUAUGACUCGGGCUUUGCAAUUGGCGGCCAACAAAACUGUCAAUAUUUAUACUGACUCUAAAUAUGUUUUCCUUGUUUUACAUGCUCACGGAGUGCUAUGGAGAGAGCGAGGUCUACUUGAUUCAAAAGGAACAGGCAUUAAGCAUAGCAAGCAGAUAAAAGCCCUCCUCAAGGCAGUCUGGGAACCAAAAGAGGUAGCGGUAAUGCAUUGCAAAGCACAUCAAAAAAAAAAAAAAAAUGAUGAUCCCUCCACAAAAGGUAAUCGAUUUGCUGACGCUACAGCAAAGAAAGCAGCUAAAAAACCUCAGACAGACUUGCUGCCCGAAGUAAGUAAUCUGUUACCUCUCCUCCCAGACUUAUACCAGCCUGUGACACCACAGUACAGGGAAAGAAACAAACAAUUGAUAAGAGAGCUUCAAGCAAAGAAGGGGGAGCACGGGUGGCUAGUAGCAAAGGAUGGCCGCAUUAUCAUCCCAGCUGCCUGGGUUCAUAUGGUAGUGAAGAGAGCUCAUCAUGGCACCCACUAUGGACCCAGGGCCUUGAUAAGGUGGAUCAGUCACUAUGUAACUGGAGUGGGAUUAAGAGAGGCUGCCAUGAAGGUAUCAGAGACAUGUGAGGUCUGCCAGAGAAAAUACCCAAAAGGAGGGAGAAAAGAAACUUCAGGACAUCAGAGAAUAGGCAAUGGGCCAGGAGAAGAAUGGCAGGUGGAUUUUACUGAGUUACCCCGGCAACAGGGGAUGAGAUAUCUCCUUGUCUUUGUGGACACUUUCUCUAAUUGGGUUGAGUGCUUCCCAUGUCGGACUGCCCAAGCCCGAGAGGUGGUCAAGGCACUCCUACGAGAAAUCAUACCUCGCUUCGGACUUCCAAAAGGAAUAGGGUCAGACAAUGGCCCACAUUUCAUUGCACAAAUUACUCAGAAGGUUUCUGAGUUCCUGGGAAUCAGCUGGCAUUUACACACCCCUUGGAGACCCCAGUCCAGUGGAAAGGUGGAACGUAUGAAUCAGACCUUAAAAAGACACCUUGCAAAGAUUUGCCAAGAAGCUCAACUCAAAUGGCCAGAGGCCCUACCCUUGGCCCUGUUACGAGUAAGGGUCGCACCACAUUCUAAAUUGGGAUUAAGCCCAUUUGAGAUAAUGUAUGGUAAGCCUUACCCUCUGAGUCUGCCCAUGGGUACUGAACAACAGUUACAUGUUUUAGGAGAGGGAAUGAUUAGAGAAUAUGUAUGGUCUUUGGUUUCUGUUUUGUCUUCCAUUUAUAGUAACACCCCCUUUGAGAACUGGCAUCAAGCCUUCAUCAACACCCAGGCUUGCAAGUGGGAGAAGUAUACCCUGCUAGCCGACAUCCUGAGGGGCCGCAGCUGCAACGUGAUGGUCAACACGCUCAUCAUGGGAAUGCUCAGAGUUUGGGACCCCAGAAACAAGAGCGUCCUGCAUGCCUGCCGCAUCUCCUGCUGCUACGCCAAGCUGAUGCGCUGCCUCAUGGUGUCCAACACGAUCCGCUGGUCCCGUGACAUCUACAUGGAGCACAUCAUGGGCCGCCGCCAAGGACCAUCUCCAUUUAACAACUCCCUAUUGUUAGAUCUGUUCCAUCACUCUUUGGAAUUUCAGCUCAACAUCUUGGUGAAAGAGUACUAA